AAGUAGAAAAUUUAAGGAGACGAGUUGAGGAGUUAGAAACUUUAGCUGAAGCACAACGUGUAAUAGCAGUAGAAAGAGUUGGAGAGAAUUUGAUAAGAGAAUCGGAGCAUGAACGUUUAGUAGAAGAAAGGAGAAGGUUAAGAGAGAGAGUUGAAUUUUUGGAAAGUUUACCUGAUGUUCAUAGGGAAGAAGAAACAAGGAAAAGAAUUGAAGAUAUUCAGAGAAUUCAAAGGAUGGGGAGGGAUUUUGAGAAUCCUAUAGAAAUUAAUGAUGAUGAUGAUAUGGAGGAGGAAUAA